AGCUACAACUACAACUACAACUACGACUACAAAGACGACAACGGCUACGGCUACAACAAUGUUUUAUUAAGUUUCACGAAAUAUAUAUGAGCGAAAAGCUCUAUGCCUCGUUUGCUGAGACAGCAACAACAGACAGCGGAACAGAACAGAACAGAACUGAAAUGAACAGAACAGAAACCAACACAAACAAAUAACACGACAAAACGAAAGAAAACCGAACACAAAACACCAGCAGAAAAGGCAAAAAAAGCUGAAAAAGAGUCGUUGAGAAUGCUCUUUGUUUGCCAGCUCAAAAAUAAAUAAGAAUAUGUAUAUAUAUACAUAGAUAGGAAAGUCUAAAAAUCAAAUAUUGGAGUGGCUAACGAAACUUCAAGUUGCCAUUUCUUGGGCACUUUACGUGCAACAUGACAGCAAGCCGCCAAAGCCACUGCUAAUCGGCACAAUACCGCCAUCGAAUAUGACCACCUCAACGCGCAGCAGCAGCAACACAAAUAGCAGCAACAACCACAGCAGCGAGCACGAGGAGCGAGCCACCGCCAACGGCACCACUGCCUACAACCACCACAGUCCAACGGGAUCGGGAACGGGUUCCGGUUCGGGAUCGGGAACUGCGGGCGCCUCCAUUGGCUCCACCAACCGAGUGAUGCAGGCGGACGAGGACUUCAACAUCCGCUUCGUCAACCUGGUGCGCACCCACAAGUGUCUCUACGACAAGAAGGUGCCCGAGUACCGCAACAGGGAUAACCAGGAAAAGGCGUGGGUGCUCAUUUCAAAGGAGACCAGAGAGAGCGUGAUUCAUUGCAAGGAGCGAUGGCGAAACCUUCGCGCCUGCCUCUCCCGCUACAUCAAGCAGCAAUCCGGAUCGGAACCGCAGCACAAGCCAUACUACCUGACCGAGCACAUGGCGUUCCUACUGCCCUUCCUGAAGUCCAGCCGCAACUCCCUGGAGGGGAACAACAGCCUGGCCACUCUCUACCAGUUGUCCCAGCAGCACCUGCAGCACCAGCCCUUCCUCCUCCAUCCCGCACUCCAUGCGACCGAGGAGCACAAAUACUGCGCAACCAACAACAUCAAUAAUAAUAAUAAUAACAGCAUCGGCAAUAACGGCGAGAGUAUGGAGGUCUUGGAGAUGAAGUACUCGAUAUCGGAGAAGGACGAUGAGGAGACCAUCGACGCCUUUGAUCCCGCGGUGACCAACACCAUGGGUAUGCAUCGUACUUCGUCCACGCCCACUCGCAGUUCCGUCCAUCAAGGGGGCGGAGGCAAUUCACCAACCAGGAGCGAUACCGCCAGUGCGGACAGCAUGAAGAACUUCAUUCCAGAUGUGCAGCUGGCGGAGACGGGUUCGCAGCUCAUCUACAGCGAUGGUGGACACGGCACACCACCGCCUCUUCACUACCACCCGCACUCGCAUCCGCAUCCUUUGGCCUUGUCCAUGGAACACCAUCCAGCGUCCUUCGAACCGGGCAGCACGAAAAGAAUCAAGACGGAAUGCGAGGCCACCAGCACGAUGACGAAUGCAGGAAGUGUUUACGGCGGACUGAGUUCCUCGGAAGUGGCGGACAUGGAGUUCUUCCGCAGCAUUCUUCCCGAUCUGGCGGCUCUCACUCCGCAGCAGCGUCGCAAGUUCAAGAUUGGCAUCCUGGAGCUGAUCGACGACGUUGUUACUCGAUAUCCCGCCCAGGAUCACAGCAACGGAGGAGGAGUAUCGGGCGUAGUCAACGGAAGUGGAGGAAGCAGCAAUGGGGGAUCUGUAAGGCAUCAAAGGCGCAGCUCUGGACGCGAUUGGAGGAAGCAAUGAAGGAAUAGAAAGAGUAGCGGAAAGUCACUAAUCCUUAACUAGGAAUAGGAUAAGUUUAGUUAGGAGCUUAAGGGGGAACUGAAGCCGGAAUGGGUACUAAUUCGAAUCUGAGCUACUUCAGCCCGCUCACUGUUAAUGUGUUGUGUCUACUCAAAAGUGUGGGGAUGUUUUCAAAGGCCUUAAAUUCUUAAAAUCCACGAUUUGUUUCGAUUUAAAACACAAUAUUCACAAAGAGUUGAAAGUACUUGCAUGACAAUUUAAAAAAAUACUUAUAUUUCAUUUCAAACUAUUCCAAAACAAAAUUUUACGCAGUGUUUUAAAAUCGAAACCAUUUCAACGAACAAGAAGUAAUGGGGCCUCCUUAUAAGCCAUUUAGAACUGAACGAAGCAGUUGAGAAAUUCUGAAAACGAUAUUGUUACGAUUUAAAGGUUUUCAGAUUUUACCAUAGUAAUGCUAAUGAUGAAUUUGGUGUUUUCAUUUGGCUGCUUCGUACAGGUCGAAACUAUGUUAGUUUAAGAAAACUGUAUAUAUGCUGCUAUUGAAGCCUAAACUAUAGAAUCUGUGUACAAAUGAAUAAAACAAAGAGGGAUAAAGAGAUAGAUCGAUAUCAAACUGCUGUGUGAAAUAAUAAACAAGUGAAAGUAUGGAAAAUUA